AUUUCUUUAUAAUAAACAUUAUAAAACAUUUCAGGUAAUAAACAAUACAUCUCGUCUGGCACAAGCUACUAUUAGUUUGUUGUUAAACUGUGUGAUAUUGGUCCAAAAAUACAGCUAAGGGAAUUCAUUAUGUCAUACAACCCAAAAAUGGGAGGUUUAGCACUCGGCCAUUCUUCAAACAUUCGAAUGGCUCAUAAGUCUACGAAACAACACGUGUUGUCUGGUCCCAAAAAAGCAUCAAAGGACGACGAUGCAUAUCGCUAUAUGCCAAUUGACGGAGGAUUAUAUGAACUGAUCUCCGAGUAUAUGUUCAACAAUACUGUUGGUACAGCAUUGUUGAACAUAGACACUUAUGAUAUCAAUUAUAAUUAAAGUAGUAAUCCCCCUCUGUUGUAAUAAAUU